UUUCCUUAUUCAACGGGAUUAUUUGCUUUAUUAGUGAGUUGUCGGCAAUGUGUCUAUCCUUCAAGAUAUAUGGCUUACAAACCAUGUAUAUCUACAAAUCACACAAAGUGCAUAGUUGGUAGUCAAAUGGAUCAACGGUCGGUCUCUCCUCAUGUUCUCAUCCUCCCUUUCCCCCUCCAAGGCAACGUCAACUCCAUGCUCAAGCUCGCCGAACUUCUUUGCCUCGCCGGCAUCCAAGUCACCUUCCUAAACUGCCACUACCCCCACCACUGCCUCCUCUCUUACUCCAAUGUUCAGGCCAGGUUCUCACGCUAUCCCGGCUUUCGGUUUGAGACAAUUUCCGAUGGGCUGCCGAUGGAGCAUCCUCGCACCGCUGAACAAUUCUUGGAUAUUGUUGAUGGAGUGAAAACUACAACCGCACCACUCUUUAUGGAGAUGAUGAUUUCGUGGUGCCGCAGUACUUCCGACACUCGCCCGCCUCUGACCUGCAUCAUGGCAGAUCAGCUCAUGAGUUUUGCAACUGAUGUUGCUAACGAAGUCGGACUCCCCAUCGUUAUUUUCUGUGCUAUCAGUGCUUGUUCCUUCUGGGCAUAUUUCUCUUUCCCCCAACUCAUUGAAGCUGGCGAAGUCCCUAUCACAGGUGAUGAUAUGGAUCGGCUAGUAGUCAGUGUGCCCGGCAUGGAAGGCUUUCUUCGACGUCGAGACCUCCCAAGUUCGGGCCGAGUCAAUGACGUGGCUUACCCAGGUCUCCAACAUCUAAUGAAAAUUUUUCGACAGGCCCAGCGAGCCCACUCGCUCGUUAUCAACACGUUUGAUGAUCUAGAAGGGCCGGUUCUCUCUCAAAUACGCGAUCACUAUCCGAGAACCUACGCCAUUGGACCUCUCCACGCACACCUCAAAUCCAAGCUCGCAUCUGAAACUUCCACGUGCCAGUCUUCCAACAGUUUCCGGAAAGAAGACAAAAGCUGCAUACCGUGGCUUGACCGCCAGCCCCCGAAAUCUGUCAUCUACGUAAGCUUCGGUAGUUUAGCUAUUAUUACAAAGGACGAGCUGAGAGAGUUCUGGCACGGUUUGGUCAAUAGCGGUAGCCGCUUCCUCUGGGUCAUACGACCAGAUGCUCUUGUCGGGAAAGAUGAAGAGCGUCAGACUCCGGCGGAACUCUUGGAAGGGACAAAGGAUAGGGGUUAUGUAGUCGGCUGGGCUCCACAAGAAGAGGUCCUGCAACACCCAGCUGUGGGUGGGUUUCUGACCCACAGUGGGUGGAACUCCACACUUGAGAGUAUAGUCGCGGGCCUGCCAAUGAUAUGCUGGCCCUACUUUGCUGACCAGCAGAUCAACAGUAGGUUCGUGAGCCAUGUUUGGAAGCUGGGUAUGGACAUGAAAGACACUUGCGAUAGAGUCACCAUUGAGAAGAUGGUGAGAGAUUUGAUGGAAGAGAAGAGGGCUGAAUUCAUGAAAGCAGCUGAUACCAUGGCGACCUCAGCUAAAAAAUCUGUGAGCGAAGGUGGUUCCUCCUACUGUAACUUGGGCAGUUUGAUCGAGGAAAUAAGAUUGUUGAGCGCCAGAUCUCCAUGAAAAUUUCCGUUUUUCUUCAACAGGAAAAAUUAUUAAAUCCAGCUGACCUUUUCAGAUGGUGUAGAUAACUUUUGUCAUUGUAAAUAUAUGUUAAAACGUUUUUAUUCAGUUCAUUGAAGGAUUGCAAAAUAUUGCUGAACUUAUCAGCAGAAGUAAUUGGAUAUCAACGGGAAUUUGAAUCAUACAUGGAAAAGACAAUUAAGGGA